GUUAGGUCUCUUGUCUCCAAUUACAAGUAUAUCUACGUCAUUAGUUUUGAGAAUUCACGGAAUGCCAGACUUACAGAACUUCGCCAAGAGCUUACAGAUAGUGUCUUCUUGUUUGGUAAAAACAAGGUCAUUGCAGUCGCUUUUGGUCGAGACAAGUCUACUCAGUUGAAACCAGGUCUCCGGGACCUCAACAAAUACAUCAAGGGUCAAUGCGCCUUGCUUUUUAGUAAUAGGGAACUUGAUGAUCUUCGCGAUGUGUUCAAUCAGUAUAGGUGCCAGGACUACGCAAGGCCUGGCAGCAUUGCUGCACAAACAGUUAUUCUUGGCGCCGGUCCUGUACCGAGGUUCCCCCACACUCUCGAACCUCCCCUUCGACAGCUUGGACUUCCUAUCAAAUUGGUUCGUGGCAUCAUCAAUCUUGAGUGCGACUAUUCAGUUUGUCAGCUUGGCCAGUCCCUUACUCCUGAACAAUGCAGGAUACUGAAAUAUUUCGAAGUUCAGACCUCUGAGUUUCGAGUCUAUGUUAUGGCCCGUUGGAGUGCAGAGGAUGGCAGCGUAGACGAUGUUUCGGAGACUGACGCGGCUAAUGUCAUCACCUCAUUAGCUACCAAAGUCAAAAUUCUAUGUCAAAAACUCGACGAUGGAUUGUUUUAUUUCGUCCCUGAACCAGUAAAUGAUGAGGAAAGUACGACUAUGGAAACGUAG